UAGGGUGGUACUUGUAUUGCAGGUACUGACAUAACUUCAGCUCAGAGAAUGCCAGAGCGUGAUUUGCGGGAACCCCUUAUGUUCCGGUUUAUGUGAUGCUCCCUCUUGGUAUCGUCAACAUGAAGUGCGAGUUGGUUGACCAGACAGUAUAAUAAAGCAGUUGAGAAUAUUAAAAUCUGUCAAUGUUGAUGGUGUCAUGGUUGAUUGUUGGUGGGGAAUAGUGGAAGCACAUGCGCCACAAGAUUACAAUUGCAUGGUUAUAAGAAGCUUUUUCAGAUUGUACGAGAAACUGAAGCUUAAACUGCAGGUGGUCAUGUCAUUUCAUGAAUGUGGAGGCAAUAUAGGUGACGAUGUCUGUAUUCCUUUGCCACAUUGGGUAGCAGAAAUUGGUAGAAGCAAUCCAGACAUUUUUUUCAACAGAUGGAGAAGGAGACGAAAUCCUGAAUGCCUUUUGGGGAUUGACAAGGAAAGAGUAUUAAGAGGCCGCACAGCACUUGAGGUUUACUUUGACUACAUGAGAAGCUUUCGAGUAGAGUUUGAUGAGUUUUUUGAAGAUGGUAUUAUCUCUGAGAUUGAAGUUGGAUUAGGUCCCUGUGGGGAGCUACGUUAUCCAUCUUACCCAGUGAAGCAUGGCUGGAGAUAUCCUGGUAUUGGGGAAUUCCAGUGUUAUGAUCAAUAUCUAAUGAAGAGUCUGAGAAAGGCAGCAGAAGCAAGGGGGCACUCUUUUUGGGCAAGAGGACCGGGGAAUGCAGGCUUUUAUAAUUCACGGCCACAUGAAACUGGAUUCUUUUGUGAUGGAGGAGACUAUGAUAGUUAUUAUGGUAGAUUCUUCCUUAAUUGGUAUUCUCAAGUCUUAGUUGAUCAUGCUGAUCGUGUACUAUCCCUGGCCAAAUUAGCUUUUGAGGGCACAUGCAUUGCUGCAAAGAUAUCAGGUAUCCAUUGGUGGUACAAAACAGCAAGCCAUGCAGCUGAACUGACUGCCGGGUUUUACAACCCUUGCAAUCGUGAUGGCUAUGCUUCCAUCGCAUCAAUGUUGAAGAAGCAUGGUGCUGCUUUAAACUUUACAUGUGUUGAGUUGCGGACUCUGGAUCAACACGAGGAAUUCCCAGAGGCAUUAGCAGAUCCAGAGGGUUUGGUUUGGCAGGUGUUGAAUGCUGCUUGGGAUGUUUGUAUACCAGUGGCUAGUGAGAAUGCUCUUCCCUGCCAUGAUAGAGAUGGAUACAACAAAAUUCUGGAGAAUUCCAAGCCAAUGAAUGAUCCAGAUGCAAGACACUUAUCAGCAUUUACCUACCUCAGGCUAAGUCCAGAUCUCAUGGAGAGACACAACUUCCUAGAAUUUGAGCGCUUUGUCAAAAGAAUGCAUGGUGAAGCUGUUCUUGAUCUCCAGUCAUAGAAGAACAGGAGAAGAGAGUCAUCCAUCACUCUGGUAUUGUCUCAAGUACCGAAUUGCUCUUUGCCUGAAAGACAUUUGCUUCUUUGCAGGUGUAGGAGAAACGUUCUCUACUAAAAACUCAAAGGCUAACACUUAUGUAUAGAAACGCCACGAAAGAAUAGCAAAUCUGACCUUUUUUAAUCCUGCCCCUUCUUUGAUCAAACAGAUCAAGAUGUAUUCUGAUUGCAGUAAAAUAGUCUAGUCCAAUUCUUGGUAAAAUGCUGUAAAGUUCUUGCAGCAACCCUUUUACAGACUAACUUCAUCUCCACAUCCUUUCAUUUC